AUUGUUGGACAAAUCUAAUUUGUUUAAUUAAAUUACUCAACACUUAGUUUUCUACUAUCGUUUUAAGGAAAUACAUGAGUAUAUAACAUUAAAAACACCAUCAAAAUGUCCGAAGAAGAGGAAACUCCGAGUGUGGAAUUUGGCGGGUUCAAAUACGAGAAUGGUGCGAUAUACGUCGGUUCGUGGAACAACCAGGGGCAAAAAUGCGGCGAAGGACAUUUAUUGCUCCCGAAUGGCGCACGUUACGACGGCAAUUUCGAAAACAACCUGUUCAACGGCCUGGGAGUCCUUAGCUUUCCCGACGGCGCAAAAUACGAAGGCGAGUUUUCGAACGGCUGGUUCCACGGUCACGGUACAUUUUGGCGUGCGGACGGUAUGAGGUACGAGGGCGAAUAUCGAGGUGGUAAAAUCUGGGGAUUGGGUUUGGUCACUUUCAACGACGAUUCACACGGUUUCCCCCGAUGCGAGGGAUACUUCGAGAACUGUAAAAUGUUGAAGAGGCAAAAGUGUCCGGAAGUCGUGCUCAAGGCUCAGAUGGUCUCUUUGAUGGCGCGAAAGAAUUCGGUGGAAAAUCUUGAGUAGGAAUAAAACAAAUUUUUGGGAUAAAGUGCGUUUUAUUUAAAAUUAACAUAUUGUGAUCCUAGUGAAUUUUGUCGUAUUUU